AUGCCCGCGCGGCAUCCUCUCGCCACCCCGCGCGCACUCUUCUCGCCUCCCCGCGCGCGCUUUUCUUGCCUCCCCGCGCGGCCUCCUCUCACCAUCCCGCGCGUGCUCUUCUCGCCUCCCCUCGCGUGCUCCUCUCGCCUUCAUAGCGCGCGGAUCUCUUGCCUCCCCGCGCGGCCUCCUCUCACCUCGUCGCGCGUCCUCCUCUCGCCUGCCCCACGCGUGCUUCUCUCGCCUCCCCGCGCGUGCUACUCUCGCCUCCCCUCGCGUGCUCCUCGACCCCCCCCGCGCGCGCGGCUCUUGCCUCCCCGCGCAUCCUCCUCUCGCCUCACCUUGCGUGCUCCACUCGCCUCCCCGCGUGUGCUCCUCUCUCCUCAUCUUUCGGCGUGGCCGCACCACCGCGCGCGUGCGCCUCUCUCCAUGCCUUGCGUAAUCUAUCGCCUCCCCGCGCGUGCUCUUCUCUCCUCACGUUGCUUGCUUCUCUCGCCUUCCCAUGCGUGCUCCUCUCUCCUCACCCUGCGUGCUCCUCUCGCCUCCCCGCGCGUGCUCUUCUCUCCUCACCUUGCGUGCUCCUCUCGCCUCCCUGCGCGUGCUCCUCACCCUCUCCCCCUAUCCAUCCUGAAACGUCAUCGUGCCUCAUUGCGAAGGGGCCCCGACGUUUCCUCACUCGGGAAGCCCGUGCACACGCCCACGUUUCUCCUCCCUGCGCGCCCUCCUUUCUCGUAA